AUGAUUGAUGCCGAGCAGUGGGCUCGCUUUGUAAAGGCGGUGUCAAGGCUGUUAGGAUGGAUCUACACAUUAUCCUGGAGCGCUUCUUUCUAUCCUCAACCCUGGCUGAACUGGAAACGCCGCAGCACUCAAGGCCUCGCCAUCGACUUUCCGCUUCUCAACGUCCUCGGCUUCGUAUGCUACACCAUAUCAACCUGCUGUUUCCUAUACUCGCCGACGAUCCGGCAACAAUACGCCCUAAGGCACCCAGCAUCCCCAGAGCCGACGGUGCAGUCGAAUGAUGUUGCUUUUGGCCUGCAUGCCGUCGUCCUCGUCAUCUUGACCUACUCGCAAUUUUUCUUCCGGUUAUGGGGCUUUCAAGUGUCAGCUCGUCAACGAGCCACUCGCCCCGUGUUGGCGGUCGUGUGGGGGAGCCUUCUUGCCCUUGGGGCCAUGGCCCUGUUGGUUCUUCUUCGCUCAGGCCGGGAAAAUCAGGAUCCCCUCGACUGGGCCUGGAUUGAUGUGCUGUACACAUUGGGAUAUGUCAAACUCGUUUGCACCUUUGUCAAGUACAUCCCGCAGGCUUUCUUCAACUACAAGCGCCAAUCGACCGAAGGCUGGAGUAUCGUGCAAAUCUUGUUCGAUCUCACCGGAGGCGUGCUGUCCAUAGCUCAACUUGUCCUGGAUGCGAGCUUCGGCGGGGACUGGAGUGGGAUCACCGGUAAUUCUCUCAAGCUGGGGCUUGCCAAUAUCAGCAUGGGGUUUGACCUGCUUUUUAUCGUUCAACAUUAUAUUUUAUACCGCGGCCAAGGACAGCUGUGGAAGGGCUCAAACGAGGAAAACGACCCGGAACGGCCGCUGCUCAGUCGUUGA